CUGUGACCUGUGGUGACCUGUGUUUACCUGUGGUGACCUGUGACCUGUGUCAGACUCGGAGGAGGUGAAGCAGGCGGCCCUGGUGAUGAAGGAGGAGGAUCUGGUCAGUGAGAGGACUCAGGCCUUCACCACCGCUAGAAAUCUCCUCAACGCUGCUGCCGACGCCGUAGAGAGGAUCAUGAGCUCCUACAAGGAGGUGACGGAGCUGGCAGGAUACACCUCCCGUGUCUCUGAGAUGUUGGACGUGUUUGAGGAUGUGAAUGAAGGAGUGUACCGGCGCUCUGCAGACAGGGAGGAGGAGUCAGGAGGAACAGCAGGAGGAGCAGCAGGAGGUGCUGUGGUGCAGCAUGGUCAGAGAGUGUGUGGUCGUUUGGAGAUCAGAGGUCAGGUGAUCAGUGUGGAGACAGGGAUCCGCUGUGAGAACCUGCCGAUCAUCACACCCACUGGAGACGUGGUGGUUUCCAGCCUCAAUAUCCAG